AUGGGAGAUCUUUUGUAUCUGAUGAGCGAUGAAGACGUGGCUCUCACCGCUGCACUUGCCUUCACUUUGGAGUUUUUCGAAUCGGAAAAGCCGGCAUUGAACACGUCACUCGAGAAGAAGCCAAUUCCAUAUUUUUCCUAUGAAGAUCGUGAUACCUACCAUGAAGACUACCGUCCACAAUGUGAGCAGAUUGAUAUCGACUACUAUCCGACGAUUUUCAAUUAUGAAAAGGAAUGUGGAGUCUUGGAAGAAUCCGAGGUGGCGACGAAUUCGGAGUACAGUAAUCCAAGGAAGUCACCUCCACAACGUCGAGGGCGACCCGCUUUGGCGUCCAAAGAGCCACCACUCAAAAAAUCAAAGACGCGAGAACCUCCUAAGCCAACAAGAGCUUCGUCUCGAGUCCAAAUUCUUCAACUGGCACGGCAGGAAGCUGAGAAGAACAAACCACAUCGACAGCCACUGCCGAGGAAUGCGAAAAAGACGAAUAAACCCAAGCCAAAGAAGACGAAGAAACCAACUGUAGAGACUUAUUAUAUGAGGAAGAAACGAGAGAAAGAGAAUUUAGUGAAUGCAAGAAUAGCCAAACAGCAACGAAAAACAAUUGCAGAGGCGACAAAAUCAUUGGUCCGAGCAUUUGGACAAGUAGCAAGUGUCCAAACGAAAACGGGCCGUCAACAUUUAUCAGCUUGGCAGAAGUGGCUCUGCACUAGCACUAAAUUCGUUAAGGAUCUAUCAACGAAUCCAAGACGUGCUCAUAAUACUUCAGAAUUCCACAUUUUCCUUGUGAAUAGUGUUACCGUAAUGCAGAAUACAAUGUGCUCCUUCAGACCGAGACCACCAGAGACGCACAAUCUCAUGAUGCGGUUCGUUGCAGAUUUCACGAAAAUUUGGAACAUUGCUUUCACUUUUGGGACUACGACCAACGCCGGAGACGUCACCAAACUUCUGGAGUAUGUCAUCGGGCACUUCAUUGCUUAUCCAAAACGAAUGAACGCCACGAAUUUGUCAUGGAUUCAGACAAAGCUGAUUCUCGAUCAACUUUUGUCGCUGAUCACUCGAGUUGAAAUCGUUUACGAUACAAUGUUUUUAUUGAGUAAAAUCCAACACAACCUUCUCCGAAAAUGGGCCCAUCAAAGUCACGAAGCACUGGACUUCAAAUCAUACGCUCUAUCCCAACUUCAUUCCUUCUCCAUGAUUUUGAAUUCUCGUUUAUUGCAUCUCAGCAACCAGCACAGAUAUUUCCUUUAA